GGCCAGCAGCGCGGACCCAGCGCGGUGUCCGGGCUGAGCUGCGAGCCGGCACAGCCGCAGGGCCACCAGCGUGUCCCCAGCGUGUCCCCAGCGCGGUGUCCGUCCCCACGAUGCUAUGGCUGCUGUUGCUGCUCGGCGGGGUCCUGGGCUGCGCAGCGGAGCAGGCGGCUCCGCUCGCCUUCACCAUGCUCCAGCUGACCCGCGUCUACAGGGGCAAUUCCAUGUUCCGGGGGAACGCCAGCCUGAAUGGGCAGCUCAGCCAUGUCCUGGAAGGGAAUAAUGUCACCCAGGUGCUCCCGCUGGAGCCUCCGGACGCCUGGGCCCGGCGGCAGGACGAGGUGAUCACCUACCUGGGGAACUUCAGGCAGCUGGUGAUGCUCUUCCACAAAGAGAGACCCACGGAUUUCACCCAUCACCUGUGCUGCCACCUCGGCUGCCGCCUCUACCCCAACGGCACAGCCCAGAGCUUCUACGAGGUGACCCUCAACAGGACAGCGUUCCUGAGCUUCCACGUCCCCAGCGCCACCUGGGAGCGGCGCUGGCCCGGAGAGCUCCCGGUGGCCGCCUACGCGCAGCAACAGCUGAUGAAAUACCCCAUAACCACCCAGGACCUGCAGUAUUUCCUCAACACCACCUGUGUCAGCAUCCUGCAGGCUCAGAGCGCCAGGACAGGAAAAGUCAGCGGCCGAUCGCGUACUCCGCUGGUGCUGGGGCUGGUCCUGGGAAGCCUAGGCCUGCUGGGCAUGGCCCUGGGCAUCUUCCUGUGCACGGGAGGGAGCUGCUAGCGUGGGCAGCUGUCCCAUGUCACCCCAUGGACACAGGAGACGGACCUGUCAUCUCCCCGUGCAGCCAUCACCACCUCCUGGAGGCAGGGGACAGACCCAUCAUCUCCCUGUGGAGUCAGGGAUGGAUCCGUCAUCUUCCCAAGGAUCCAGCAACUCUCCGUGGAUCCAUCAUCUCCCUAUGGAGUCAGGGAUGGAUCCAUCAUCUUCCCAAGGGUCCACCAACUCUCCGUGGAUCCAUUAUCACCCUGGCGAGGCAGGGGCUGGUUCCAUCAACUCUGCAUAGAGACAGAGGGGGAUGAAAGCCCAUGAGGGGACCAAGCCCAUCCCUCACAAGGGAUGCAUGUCCCCAGUGCCACAGGCUUUGCUCCCCAAGGACACCAGUGGUUUCCCAGUCCUGUCCCAGCUGGGCUGACCCCUCCUCCAGCAGCCCCCAGCCCUGUGGAUGGUCCUCACUUCAGGCAAUGCACUGAGGCUCCACACAGAAACACUGGGCAUGGAUGGGAAAAUGGGGGGGAGAAGCAUGGGGGGAAAGCAGCAGGAGAAACAGCCAUGGAAUGGUUAAAAGGAUGGUUUAAAACCCUCAUUCAUCCCUGUUCCAGUGAGGAUGGAGGGAGGAUUUCACACCUUGUGUAAUAAAACCAUCCAUCAGCUCCCA